AUGAUGAGAGUUCAAAAAGCAAUGGUGAUAGAGGUGGGGCGGCGGAGGCGGCGGCUGCCGUGGCUGGUGCUGCCGUGGGUGGUGGCCGUGGCGCUGGGGGCCGGCGCCCAGGAGCCGCCCGAGGGCUACUACGCCUUCGUCGAGUCGCCCAACGCAGACCCUCCCCGCGUGCGCCGCCCGCCCUACAUGCAGGCGGACAGGGACUGCCCGGGAAUACAUGCUCCGCCAACAUCAAAGUCACUCAACAAUCUGUGUGGAGAUCUCAAUAAGGGCUACAUUCCGAGAAAUCCAAUGGGCCAGAACGUUCUAGGAAGCCCCUACCCUUUUGAACUGUUGAAAAAUAAAACACUUCAGUUCCUCAGCAAGACUCUUCCUAUCUUGAAGGCAGACGAGUCUCUUCCCAAAGUCGCAAAAUACUACCAGGAACCCCCAGCAUCCUAUCACGUGUCACAAAAUACGCUGUCGACGGGGUACGAGCGCCCCCAGCGUCGAAGACGAGAAGCGCCACCGGCGGAGACGGCGGCGGAGGCGGAGAUGGCGGCGGAGGGGCCGAAAGAAGAGACGGCGGAAGCCGCGGCGCCGGCGGAGGAGGAGGAGGAGACGCAAAAGGAGCCGGCGGCGGCGCCACCAGUGCUGGCGGGGGCCGGGCCGAGGCCGGAGGCGCGAUCGCUGGACGAGGCCCGCGAGGGUCGCAAGUUCUGCGAGAACGGCGGCGGCAUAAUGUGUAUGAUAUACAAAGCCUUCAGUGGAGAGUCAAUGAAUUCAGGAAUUGAACGAAGAGAAGAUAGUGAUGCAAUUGAAUACAGAAGAGAAGUUCCUCCCCCUCCUCCACCACCUGUUCAUCUUCCACCUACACCUUGUCCGGCAAAGGUGGAAUACGCUACACCAGUUUUUGCAAAGAAUUAUCAAGGUGUUUGGAGAUAUGUAGUACAAAUUCCAUAUGAAGGAUAUUUUACUCAAACUCUUGAAGUCACAAGAUGCUUACAAUCUCGGUGUCAUUACAUGGAUGGAGGAUGUCUGUCUUCACCGCGGUGGGUGAGCCUGCUUGUGGCUGAAAUUUUCUACCCUGACACCUACCUCCCUGCAGCUGGCCCAGGAGCUCGCUGGCCAGCUUACAGAAACCCUGUAGCAGCAGAUAGCCCUCCACCAGUACAAGACUUUCAGAAUUAUCAGCAAUAUUUACACAAAAGAGCAGGGGCUGCUCCUGAAGCAACUGGGUCCUCAACAACUGCACCACCCAGAAAGCCUUCACAUUGUGAUGGAGUAGACGAAAUAGGAUGCUUUCAGGUUCGGCUGUAUUAUGACUGGUUCCUUGUGCCAGGAAGUUGCAAAUGCUGGAAGCCUGAUUACUUCUCAAGAUAUAUCAGAAGGAAAGUUGUGGGACCAGAUCUUUAAUUCGCUUAUCUGGUCAUCUAAUACCUAAUUCAUCAUCGUUCAUAUAUAUUUUCAUCUUUCUACAAAUGGCAAGGCUCAUCAUGAUUAUA